AGUCUUUCCGUGACCGAGACACUUACAUGCUGGAAUUGAUUCGACUACCUGAGGCAAUUUAAACCGUUCCCGUUUUAAGGACACGCUCUCUCGAAUCAGCGCGGACUAUCCGUAUCACGUCUUUAUACGGUCGAUCGUUACUGGCUCUUGUUUCCAGGCUUCACCAUGUACCAAACUACCCGAUCUCAGAGGCUGUGAGGCACACACCCGGGGACGAGUGACCGAGUGUAGGCUAUGUCCGUCAUGAACGACCAGGAGAAGAAAGUCUUGCUAGGUCAAGUCACCCUCGGGACCAUCGCACCCGUACCCUCAGGUGUGGUAAGAGUCUUCAUAUGCACAUCGGGUCAAGACACAGUACAGGAGAGAAAUGCCUUGAUAGAGAUCGUUUACCCGAGGGUAAGAGAAUACUGUAGGCGAGAAUAUGGACUUGAAUUUCAGGCAGUGGACCUGCACUGGGGAAACGAGGACAAUCUUUACCCUGACAACCACUCUACGUGCAGUUUCUAUCACCGGGAGAUCAGCCGAUGCCAAGAACAGUCUGAAGGACCCAACUUUCUGCUGUUAAUGGGCCAGAAACGGGGCAGAUGUUCGUUACCGGCUUCCAUACCUGACGAAGAGUUUCGCCAUUUACGGCAUGCGCUAAUGCGACACAAAGGGAGGCAAAACCGUAACUAUGGCUUACUAGAGGAAUGGUACGAGCUGAACGAAAACGCCUUGCCAAACGCCUACAUUCUGAAACCCGUGUCCAGCAACAUUCCGGAAUAUGUAGACGUAAGUAGUAUUUGUUUUUAUAUACUCCAUCCCUGCUUUACGUUCUCCUCACCAGUAUUUAAGGGAAAAGGUUAUGAAUGGAGGAAAUGGCAGGGAACCAACGAGAGUUCGGUUCCAGAUAUGUUACGUCAUGGCUUAAUGGCUAAAGUGUUGCGUGAUGGGUUCGCCAUAGGCUGGAGAUUUCAUUGUAGGCCACUCAGGCCACAAACCCCCAUUAGUUUUUUCCAUAAGCGACAAUAUGUUGAGUCCCAGGUAUACCACGGCAUAGAGACAGCUGAGCAUCCUGAUGGCAAAUGUCUGGCCUUGUUCCGUAACAUAAUAGAUCUUAAGAACCACACCGAUGAUGAAGGAAGUGAGAAAUUCACCGAGCUGACAUACAACGAGAGGCAAGAACAUCUAGAGAUUGAUCCUGUCGUCGAAAAGAAACUAACCGCGCUAAAAUCAAGACUUGAAGACCUCCUACCAGAUGCCAACCGAGCCACGUUUGAAGUUUUGUGGAGAUACGAUGACGUCAUCGACCCAAAACUUCAUAAAAAAUAUCUGGAUAGCUUGUGCGACGCUGUGCUCAACAAAUUAAUUACCUUGGUGGAUAACGUCUCCAAAGAAAGGAAUGCGCAAACCGGAAGUGAGUUGUAUCAGGAGGUUUACCAACACUGGUUGCGGUGUAAAGACUUAGCUGAGAGUUAUCGAGGAAGGGAAGACAUACUGACGAAGAUAAACCGCUACUUACUGGGUUCCUCACCCAAGCCCCUUGUUCUUCAUGGAGUGUCUGGAUCUGGGAAAACGUUCCUCAUGUCCAAAUGUUCCCUGGAGGCGCAGAAUGUGUUCACGUGCCCUGUGAUUACAAUAACUCGAUAUGUGGGGUACACACCGCAUAGUUCUAGCCUUCGUCCGUUACUGGUUAGUCUCUGCUCGCAGCUUAAGGUUGUUCUAGAUGAUGACCCGAAUGUGAUUCCAACAGAUUGUGCUGAAUUGGUCAAGUUGUUUCACAAACUUUUGCACCGUGUUCCCAAAGACUACCGAUUGUUGAUGUUUCUCGAUGAUAUUAGCCUCAUAAGACCAGAUUCAAGUGCUACAGACUUAACAUGGCUGCCCUCCGAGCUAAGUAAAAAUGUACGGUUGGUCGUUUCGACGAAGCCAGGAAAUUCGCUGGCAAGGCUACGAGAUAAUGUUGUCCAAGAGCAGGAGAAUUUCCUGGAAAUAGGAGCUCUCAGUACUGCUGAGGCAUAUAACUUACUGCUUCAUCUCACUGCCCAAGAUAAUAGGGUAGUCACGGAAAAUCAAAGAGACACGUUACGACAAGCGUUUCAGACUUGCAGCUUGCCAUUGUAUGUGAAAAUUAUGACUGAUUUUGUUUGCAAAGAAUGGGUGUCGUCUAUGCUAGUGUCCACACAAAUGUUACCGAUGGCACUCGCUGACAGUGUGAGCUAUAUGUUUAGUCACUUGGAGAAAACAUAUGGUCCAGUGACAGUGACAAGGUCAAUGGGUUAUCUCUGCGCUUCCAAAACUGGACUUAGUGACUGUGAAAUGCAUGACAUCUUAUCGCUGGAUGACGCCGUGCUGGGAGAAGUCUUUGCCAAUCGACAUCCUCUACUCCACAGAGUUCCCUGUUCAAAAUGGAUACAGAUAAAAGACACAGUUUCGCCAUUUCUGGCAUCCAAAAAACAAGACGGAGUUACAGUGAAUUUUCUUUGUCAUGAGAUUUUUGAUGAGUUCGUUAAAGAAAGAUAUUUGUGCGAUGAGAACACUGUGAAAGAAAUACACUCUUUACUGGCGGACUAUUUUCUGGGAAGCUGGGCAAACCAACGCAAACCCUUCAGCACUAAAUAUACGUGCACUAGAGGAGCAUGGUCACCGUCUAUAGAAACUGACAGAUUAGUGCCAGCUCAACCUCAUACAUUCACAAGCCGAAGUGGCGUCACCAGGUACAAUCGGCGAAAAUUUGACCAAGUAGCACGCCAUUUGUACUGCUCUGGUCGCCUGGAAGAAUUGAAUCGUCUGGUGCUUUUUAACUACGAUUGGAUAUACAAUAAAACGAAGGCUUUGUCACUGGAACAAAUCAUAACAGACCUCGAUCUCCAUCCGAGCAAAGAGACGACAUUGGUCAGUGAAUGUCUGAGGGUCUCACUAAGUGUUAUAGAGAAGGACAUUAACAAUUUGGCUGCGGAGCUCAGCGGGCACCUCCUACCCCACUAUCGGUCCUAUCCCAACAUUCGCCAGCUAAUCAACACGUGCGACAGGAAAGGGCUCAAACACAACGCCCUCAUUCCCAUUUUUCCGUAUCACAAAGUCACAGGAAGCUCCUUGAAAUACGUCCUUGAAGCCCACACCCAAAUCGAUCAGUGCUUCCUGUCGCAUGAUGGCGCCACUUUGUUUACUAAAGGGAGAGAAUCCCCUGAGGUGUUUUCGUGUGCAUCUGACUCGGGUGGGGGAAGAACCGUGUUACUGACGUCCUCCGGCUACCUGCACAUCACACCUAACGGCAAAUACAUGGUGGUAAUUGACCACGUCACGGAGAAGACGGCUAAGAUUCAUAGUGGUGACGACGGCCGUUUCAUCGGUCAGCUCGUGGUCAUGAACCACAUCGAUGUGAAGCCGCGAGAGAAGUACCACAUGGGUCCCGUUUGUGUUUCCAACCAGAGAAUCUGUAUCGUUGUUUCCGCCGAUAAGAGUUACCUCUGUAUAGCCGAGUUGCCCGGAUGCACAUUCCUUCAAAUCGUUGAGUUAGACAAUCGUGCUACUGUGUGUGAGAUAACCUCAGAUUCGAACUUUGUAUUCUGCAACUCGGGUCGCCAUAUGCUGACUUACAAUCUCUAUACUCUGGAACACACUUCCACGGCUGCACUCUCUUACGCACCAAAUUCUAUGGCUCUCACCCACGAUGGACGGCGUUGCUACGUAUCCAGUGAAAUGGAGAACAAGCUUACAACGAUGCAUGUCAUACGUGGAAGUGUUGAUGUGGUCUACAAGGCUGUAUUGGAGGACUGGAUGGAGGGAGACAAGAUAUAUGAACUAAAGGUAUCGCCAGACGAUACGAUGGUUGUUCUAAGGGGCUCUCACAAUUUGGUAGUUCACAGCCGACAAGAUGAGCAGGUGACAGCUCAUUUUCACCGGCCCAGCGAGUCUCUGGAUGAAUUCCGAUUGCCCAUGUCCUCCUAUGAACGACUGGUCUUCACCCAAACAGCUUUUUCUGGUGAUAGUCGAUAUUUGUUCGGGACUCUGUUCAGGAAUAUCUACAUGUGGGAAAUCUCGUCCGGUAAUCUAAUCACUGCAGUGCAAACUCCACCGGGGGUGGUCAGCGUUCUUCUGGCCUCACCAAAUUAUGGCCUCUUGUACACGCUGUUGCACGGACACAGUUCCGUCCAGUGCUGGGACGUCCAGGAAGUCACAAACAAGGUGGAUCCCGUCGAUCAACUGUGUGAUCGUGUGACAGAUAUUCGCGUCACAUCAGACCAGUCACGUGCAUUCGCCACAUGCAGCACUGGCGAGGAAAUCGCGGUAGUUGAGAUGGCCACUGGGACAAUUCUCGAUUUGUUGACGCACGAUAGCAAAGUUGAGGACUUUGCCAUAUCUCCUGAUGGUAACCAUGUUCUCGUUUCCACCAAACCUAAAUGGAGCAACUGUGCCGUGAAGGUGUGGAACGUUCGAAACAGACAGAUAAUCGCUGAAUUUGGCAACACGUCUGGGUAUUGUGUCUCAUAUCACAAAGAAAAUGCUCUCUUGCUCCUAUAUCAGCAAGAGAACACAUUCAAAGCGCCUUUUCAUAUCACCAGAUUUACCUUUUAUGACGAGAACUUCCUGUCAGGGGUAUUUGAUUUCCAAGUGCCAUUUCUUCUCUCGAAACCGUUCGUCACCGCAAACGAUCGCCAUUUAGUUAUGUUUACAGCACGUGAUUACAUAGGUAGUAAAGGGAUGUACGACACGCCGGAGGUAACCGUAGUGGAUCUGGAGACAGAGAAAGUCAUCAAUAUCUUCACACCCGAGAAUUUUUAUGACGUCACUAGCAUGGUAGCCAUAUUAGACGUUAGAGGUUCCCCACGCUACCCGACAAUGCUGGCCGUUAUAUAUCUGUCCGAAGGCCUCAAAGAUACGCCUGAAAAUGGACAGUUAUUCUGUCCACAAUAUGGCCUGCUCAUCCUGGACGUAAUUCAGGGAAGUAUCAAAGCUAUGUGCGAACCUUUCAUAUCAGCCGCACUGCCCAUCAACAACGACUUACUACUGGCAAACGACUUCUCCUUCGCAAUCGAUGGAUCGUCUAAUAUCUUCGACUGUGUAUCCAUGUCAUACAGUGGGAGUAUGCCCUUCAAGUUAAGAAGUCCGCGGUCGCUGGCGCUGAACGGAAAAGUCGUGGUUUUCGCUGAUGGCUCUAUCCUUCGUGUUUUCCGAUUGGAAAACAUGGAGGCACUGGUUACAUGUGAGACGCACGCUGAGAUAACCACCCUCAAAAUAUGUGAUGACGAUAGGACGCUAGUCUUGGGGUGUAACGAUGGAACGCUUCUGUCGUACAUUCUCCUGUACCCAGACACAGACGAUUGCGAGGAUAUCCUAUCUGCGCUGCCGAGCCGACAGGAGGACUCGGUGCCAGAUAGAGAGGUUCCCAGCAGACGCUCUCCACGGGCCUGGGACAAAGUCAGCAGGGAGGACAACAUCCCAGGAUAUUCCAGACCGCCUUCUGCCAAAAGCACCGGGCCCAGCGAGAAGGAGCUGCUGGAGAAGGUGAAACCGGUGAAAAGGAUCAGACCCAACUCGGACACCUACCUCUAUAUGAACGACAAAUCGGUGACGUGUGCAGUUAUGUAAACUGACGUCAUCCUUUUUUGUUCAUUCUGUCAAGUGCUACGCUUUUUAGGAUUCUAAGUUACCGGCGAAUUAGAAGUUGGGAAGAUUAUAUUCCACAGGUAGUUGUAUUUGUAUAAAUUGGUUAUUUUAAAAGGAAGAACAACUGUGUACACACUGGCACGUAAUGUCGGAAUAUCAUUUUAGGUGAGAUUAAAUACAAAACACAGAAUUCCGCUGAGUUUAAUGACCUUGAAAUUGAUUCUCUGGAUUGUCGCAUACGAGACAUUUACAAUACCAUGCCUUGUUUAUUGGAAAUAUAAUUUAUAUCUAAAUUCUAGAGGAAUUAAAACGUAUUGUAAUCCAUCAAUAAUCAAUCCCACAAAUACAGAAUAAUGUACACUUUUUAAGAUUCUUCAUCAGUAAUA